AUGGGUAAGAAAAUUAGUUAUUACUAUUUUUACUCUACAGUAUUCAAUGUUGUUGGUUUGCAUCAAAUUUUGGCAUUUAUUUGUUUGAUAAUGGUAUUUACCUCUGGUGUUAUGAUUUACCAAAACUAUGGUACUAGAGCAGUCCAUAAAUUUAAUGUUCUCUUUUCAAUAAUGAUGUUGACGUUCCAAUCGUUUUCAUUAUUCUACUUCCUGAGGAUUACCGAUGCAUUCAAUAAUGAGAACAUUGGAGGUUGUAAUGGUAAAUAUUGGUGUCACACUUUCAAUGGGACGAAAGAAGGUAAAACUUGGGGACCGGGUAUUGGAUUUUGGAUAUCGGUUAAUUCGUUUAGUGGUAGUAUAUUAAAUUUAAUUCUAUCAAUUAUUCAAUACUAUUCAACAAGAAAUAUGGAUAGACCUUCUCCGCCCUCCCACCUUGAAUAUCCAACUAUUGAGUUUAUUAAUUCAAUAGAUUCAAUUAAAAACUAUCAUAAUAAUCUAAUCUAUAACGAUAUGACAAACCAAUCGAAUGGAAAUAAUUAUACUUAUAAAAGUAGUAGUAUAAUUGUAUAG